GGCCCCGCCCCUCUGGCCGCCCAUAUAGCAUAUUUCUGGCUCGCGCGCGCACCAUUGUGUGGCUGGACUCGGCCGCUGCUGUGGUGUGAGGCGCGUGUUCGGACUCUCGCCGUCCCCGCACCCGCACCGCGGCUCCCGUCUUGCGGUCUAGUGCUCGGUAGCCAGCCCUUGGGUCCUCUGCCAGCCACGGACAUGCCGCGCGUCUACAUAGGACGCCUGAGCUACAACGUCCGGGAGAAGGACAUCCAGCGCUUUUUCAGUGGCUAUGGCCGCCUCCUCGAAGUAGACCUCAAAAAUGGGUACGGCUUCGUGGAGUUCGAGGACUCCCGCGACGCCGACGACGCCGUUUACGAACUGAACGGCAAGGAGCUCUGCGGCGAGCGCGUGAUCGUGGAGCACGCCCGGGGCCCGCGCCGCGAUCGCGACGGCUACAGCUACGGAAGCCGCAGUGGUGGAGGUGGAUACAGCAGUCGGAGAACUUCUGGCAGAGACAAAUAUGGACCACCUGUUCGUACAGAGUACAGGCUUAUUGUAGAAAACCUUUCUAGUCGUUGCAGUUGGCAAGAUUUAAAGGAUUUUAUGCGACAAGCAGGUGAAGUAACCUAUGCGGAUGCUCAUAAAGAACGCACAAAUGAGGGCGUAAUUGAGUUUCGCUCCUACUCUGACAUGAAGCGUGCUUUGGACAGACUGGAUGGUACCGAAAUAAAUGGCAGAAACAUUAGGCUUAUUGAAGAUAAGCCACGCACAAGCCAUAGACGGUCUUAUUCUGGAAGCAGAUCUAGGUCUCGAUCUAGAAGAAGGUCACGAAGUAGGAGUCGCAGGAGCAGCCGCAGUAGAUCUCGGAGUAUCUCGAAAAGUCGCUCCCGAUCCAGGUCGCGGAGCAAAGGUCGAUCACGUUCUCGAUCAAAAGGGAGGAAAUCUAGGUCAAAGAGCAAGUCUAAGCCCAAGUCUGAUCGGGGCUCCCGGUCUCGUUCCCGAAGCAGAUCUAAGGAGUAUGAGAAAUCUCGAAGCAGGUCUCGGUCACGGUCUCGAUCCCCCAAAGAAAAUGGAAAAGGUGAUAUAAAGUCAAAAUCCAGAUCAAGGAGCCAGUCUCAUUCCAAUUCACCCCUUCCUGUUCCACCCUCAAAGGCUCGUUCUGUGUCCCCUCCACCAAAAAGAGCUACUUCAAGAUCCCGUUCUAGAUCUCGCUCAAAGUCAAGAUCAAGGUCCAGAUCGAGUUCCAGAGAUUAACCCAGAACUCUACAUUCUUUGCACACUAUUACAGAACACUUUCCUACUUGCUUAGGCAGUUACUCUUCCAUGUUUAUACUUGGCCUCUUCUGCAAGAAGAAUCUCUUGAAAACAGGGGCACAGAGAAAUUUGAUUUGUGGCCAAAUUUGAUGAAAAAGAUAAGGUUCUAAGGAAUGGUGGCAUGAAGUCAGAGACCCUCUCCCUUCUUUGUAGAAUUAAGAUAACUUUGAUUUUAUAGCUUUUGAGCUAAAAUAACUUUUGUAAAGAUUAAGCUCAUUUAGAUUUUUUUUUUUUUUAAGUAUUUCAGCAGGAUCUGCUGCAGGGGUUUUUUUUGUUGUUUUAUUCGUUUGCUUAUUUUUAAAUUAACCGUUUCAAGCUUUGAAUACUUAAGGCUUUAGAGGGAGAACCCAAUUUUCAAUUAUGUUGGCUUUUUAUAAAGCUUGAGUUAUGUAAGAUUUAAAUAAAAGUUUGCUACCAAGAUGAUUGCCUUAUUUGAAUAGGUCACUAUUAAAUUCCUUUAAAUGUUGAUAUCUGCUAUUUGUGGAAACAGUGUAAAUUCUACUUAAGUGUAAAACAAGGCAAGCCUCAGACCAGCAAUAAAUUAUUAAGUUUGGAUAACAUUAUUUUGUGCUGUUACUCAAAUUUGCCAAAGUCUUUAUCUGCCCCUUUAACAAGCUGGGUUAAAAAUAAAAUAUUUUGUAGUCAA